AUGUCGCCCAAUGUUGGCCUGAGAUCGGUGUCCCAGUUCUACUCCCAGAAAGUGUUUUCUUACUUCGCUGCAUUAAGGCGUCCAAGUUCCAAAGUCUGCGUGCCAUCCAGCAGAGACCAAUCGACUGUGACCAGCCGUAAAGCUGACUUGUCUUGCUGCACAGAGCCGGCACUUGACCAUGACCUGCAGUCCGCCGUGGCUCAUCUGCCCCGCCAAGGACUGCUGCCCACUGUUCGUCGAGAUCCCAGAGAUCCCGAGGCCUCCCAUGGCCCAGAGCCUUGGAGCCGCGUGGACGCCGAUCCGUUUGUCGUGGCUUUGUCACAGAGAGCAUAGGCAUGCACGCACCGCCGCUUGGCUCGCCUACGUCU